AUGUCAUGGUACACGCCAACCAAGUUCUACUACCACAUCACUAGUCUUACCAUGUGGCAACUAAAUCCCACCCGCGAACUCUACAUGCAGCUUCCCAUGCGAUACCGCCCUUCGGCACUACAGCUUUCAGAGAGUUAUCCACCGAUCAUUGACUGGUGUCCAUUUCCUUCAAUCCGUGAUCGGCUCAUAAUGCUGCAUGCUGCAAACUCGAACAUCGAUCAGAUCAUAUGUGACAUAGCUACAGCAUACGUGAUCGAAACCGAUAUUUCCACCAUUAUUCAAUUUGAUCGGCCGACGCUUGGAUAUAUUCGAGUUUGGGACCUUAUUCAAGCGAUGGAUGAACGUGUGGACAGCCUGUAUAGUGAUCCCCACGAAAGCUUUGCCAACAACCACCUGGUGGCCCAGCAAGCGGAAAUGAGCAGUACGGAACAGGAGACGGACUUCCAUGAUGUCACCUUGCCUGCUCCAAGCAUGGAAGCUUUAUUUCAGACAAAAAAGUACGCUCGUCUUGCAUUCAAAGAACUUCGUAUGGAUGAUGGUGUCGCUCGAUUCAAGUUGGACCCGUUGUUAUUUGAGAAAUAUCCAGAGUUGUAUGAGCCGGGUGAUACUAUCAUUGCAACAGGCUUAGCGGUCAGAUCAGCGCAUCUGACUUCUAUUCCUACGCCGAGGGCUGUCGAACAAUCCACGUUGAGUAUCUACAAUCAUUUUGCGGAUUGGUCUUUUAAUAUGAUUUCUUCCAGUAGCUCUAUGCAUAGUUGA